AUCUCACGUAUCUAUCGCCCUUUGCAAACGUGCUCACCAGUUGCCAACAACAUUAUGAAAUUCCUCAUCAUCGGCGGAAGCGGUCGCUCAGGCCAGCUGGUGAUUGAAGAAGCCCUUUCGAAAGGACAUCAAGUCACAGCCCUCGUACGCAAUCCAGCUCCAUUAGAAGAGCGCGAGGGUCUCACAAUUGUCAAGGGGUCACCUCUCAACGUGACCGAUAUCGCCAGAGCCCUCGAGACAAAAACAUUCCCCUUUGACGCCGUCUUCUUCACCCUCAAUGCACGCCGAGUCAGCGACAGCCCCUUUGCAGCCGCAGACCCGGUAAAUUCGCCGCCGCGCCUCAUGGCAGACAGCGUCCGCAACGCCAUCGCAGCUAUGCGUGGUGCCACGCCACCGGUACCCAAGAUCGUUGUCAUGUCCGCUGCAGGCACGGGCAGCUCAUUCAAGAACCUCAAUUUUUUGAUCCGCCUCGUUUUUACGCACACCAACAUGCGCCUCAGCAGGGAGGACCACGAUGCGGUGGACAAGGAGCUCCGGGACGCGCAGGGCAUCCGGUUUGUGGAGGUCCGGCCCCAUAUGCUGACGGACGCUGAGGCGGCUGAUGUGAAGGUAUAUCCAGAUGAUGGAAAGGGUGCUGGAUUCAUGCCCAAGGUUUCCCGGGCGAGUGUGGCGAGGUUCAUGGUUCAGGCGGCGGAGUCGUCAGAGUACGACGGGAAGGCGCCUAUUAUUGCGAAUUAGGGGGUCUCGGUGUCUCAACAUGAC